AUGUUCAACUCUUUGGCUGGUUCGUCGACGCCGAGCACCCAACGCUCGGCGACGCCGGCGCCGUACCAAGCACCACAUUUUGAUCUGGAUGCAUACUAUCGUCCUCCCCCCCCGAGGUCAACGCAGGGAUUAUCCCAAAUUAGGGUGAAUUUUCCGGAGGAACACGCUCCGGAAUACUUUCCGAUAGGAGGCUCCGCCAGUCGCGAUGCCGAGGAGGAACAGGGCGAGGAGGAGGAGGAGGAUGAGGAUCUAGGCCGUCAUCUAUACAUCGGCAAGGAGACGUUGGCUCUAUACACAACAUGGCUCACCGUCUCCUACGAUCCCAUCGUCGGAAAUCAACAAAACCGCAAAUGUUUUUGGGAGAAGGUCACCGAACUUUAUGAAGAGUCAAAGCCGAAGGGGAUUCCCCUUCGCAACGUGAAGAUGCUCCGCAGUCAUUGGGACCAGUGCAAUAGAGAUGUCAAAAAUUUUUGCACGAUCUACAGGGGUGAAGCGGAGCAUUACCAAAGUGGAGCCAGUGGGGCCGACAAUAUGAGAGCGGCGAUGCGAGUGUUUAAAGACGACGUCAUAAAAGAUUUCAAACAUAUCAAUGUUUGGACAUUGGUCAGAGACAAAGAAAGGUGA